AUGGUUUUAAAGUCCGCUUCUUCCAAUGAUAUAUCAGUGUAUCAGAUUUCCGGUACUAAUGUUUCUAAAUCGCUUCCGGAUUGGUUGGAAAGGAAAAGAAAAAGAUCCUUGAAAAAUGAUAUCGAUUAUCAAAACAGAGUUGAAUUAAUCCAGGAUUUCGAAUUCAGUGAAUCUUCUAAUAAAAUAAAAGUGUCUAGGGACGGUCAAUAUGCCAUGGCAACAGGGACGUAUAAACCUCAGAUCCACGUCUAUGAUUUUGCCAAUCUUUCUUUAAAGUUUGAAAGACAUACAAACACCGAAAACGUUGACUUUCUAAUGUUAUCCGAUGACUGGUCCAAAUCUAUUCACCUGCAGAAUGAUAGGUCUUUGGAAUUCCAAAACAGGGGUGGGAUUGACCACAGAAUUAGAAUUCCAAAAUUUGGUAGAUCCAUGGUUUACAACGACGUUACCUGUGAUUUGUUUGUUGGUGCCUCCGGAAAUGAAAUAUACAGACUUAAUCUAGAGCAAGGUAGAUUUAUGAAGCCUUUUAACAUUGAAAGUGAUCGUGGUGUUAAUUCCAUUGACAUUAACCCCAUUCAUGGUUUACUUAGUGCUGGUCUUGAAGAUGGAACCAUUGAAUUUUGGGAUCCAAGGGCUAAGCAGAGAAUUAUAAAACUACAAAUACCUGAAGCUACUGAAAAUGGGAGUGAAAUUUCAUGUGUCAAAUUUGCUAAUAACAGUUUGAACUUUGCUUGUGGUACUUCUGAUGGUAUGUCUAUGAUUUACGAUUUAAGAACGUCACAUCCAAUCAUAACCAAAGAUCAGGGUUAUGGUUUCGGCAUUAAAAAGAUUAUAUUUUUGGAAGAAAACGGUAAUGAGAACGCCAAUUUAGUCUUAACAUCCGAUAAAAAAAUUGCAAAGAUUUGGAAUAGAGACACCGGUAAGGCAUAUGCUGCAAUGGAGCCUAGUGUUGAUAUCAAUGACGUGGAACACAUUCCAGGCACAGGUAUGUUUUUUAUGGCCAAUGAAGCAAUCCCAAUGCAUACAUAUUAUAUACCCCAAUUAGGGCCAUCUCCAAAAUGGUGUUCUUUCUUGGAUAAUAUUACCGAAGAAUUGGAAGAAAGACCAUCCGAUACAGUCUAUUCCAACUACAAGUUCUUGACAAAACAAGAUGUUGCAAAGCUUGGUAUAUCUCAUCUGGUGGGAACAAAUGUUUUAAGGGCAUACAUGCAUGGUUAUUUUAUUGAUAAUGAAUUGUAUGACAAAGUUAACUUGAUUGCUAAUCCUAAUUCUAUUCAAGAAGAAAGGGAAAGGGAGAUUAGAAAGAGAAUUGAAAAGGAGAGAGAAUCCAGAAUUAGAAGCACUGGUGCUAUCACUAAUACCAAAGUCACAGUCAAUAAGGAGUACUUGGGACACUUGCAAAGUAAGCUUGGUUCAGAAACUGCGGAAAAUGUCGUUAAUGAUGAUCGUUUCAAGGAAAUGUUUGAAGAUCCAAUGUUCCAGAUUGAUCAAGAUAACCACGAUUAUAAGCAGUUGAAUCCUGUAUCAAACUCUCUUGCUGGUCCUAAGCCACUUACUGCGGCCGAAGAGUCUGAUGAAGAGAGAUUACAAUCUAAGAACAGGAAUACUUUGAGUGAAUCUGAAUCUGAGUCUGAAUCCGAUUCUGAAGAUGAGAGGGAAAGAGAAGCAGUAAAACAAAAGAUUAAAGAACAACUAAAGAAGAAGCAGGAACGUAAGAAGAGAGAGCGGGAAGAAGCUAAGCAAUACAUGGCCAAGGUUAGGUCCCUCGAUAAAUCGGAUGAUGCAAAUAUAGGAAUUACUGAUGGUAAGAAUGUUUCUUUUGGUAAACAAGCCAAACUACAAGUUGAAAACGGAAAGAUCAGAAAGGAGCAGAAAUCUAAUGUUAGAAUAAGGAAGAAUGCAAUUGGUGAGGGUGAAAUCACAUUUGUCCCUACUAAAAAAGCAAGUAAGGUUAGCUUUAGGGAAGAAGAUGGGGAUACCGAAAGAAGGGGUAAGACGAAACAAGUUACUGAAGGUAGAAGAAGAGCUAGUAAAAACGUGUUUAGAGGAAUGUGA